AAAAUGGAGAUUUUGUCAGCUUUGAGAAUUUAUAAAACUAUUAUUACAAUCUUGUCUCUUGUUUUGAUAUUCAACAUUCCUUCUCAAGCAUAUGGGUAUCUAUUUCACAGGCAUAUGACAACCAAAUAUGACUUAUCUAUUUCACAGAUUGGAGAAGGAAAUACAUAUAAUCCAUAUGCCUCUAUUUUAAAAUUUCUAAAUUCUUCAAAAUUUCCAAAUCGAGAAUCAUUUCCGCAUGGAUUUUUGUUUGGUACGGGAUCUUCUGCCGUUCAGAUUGAAGGAGGGUCUCAUGAAGGAGGAAGAGGACUUGGAAUCUGGGAUGAUAUAGUUGAACAAAACAAAGGUCGAUAUUUAGAUGCUGAUAAAUUUUCAUCAAAAAUUGAACAUUAUAAACGAUAUAAGGAGGACGUGCAACAUUUAAAGAAGCUUGGAGUAAAUUCUUAUCGAAUGUCCAUCUCUUGGAGUAGAAUAUUGCCAAAUGGAACUUUGGAAGGAGGUAUAAACCAAGAAGGUGUCAACUUCUACAACAACUUGAUUAAUGAAUUACUCAAAAAUGGUAUUGAACCUUUUGUGGGUAUCAUGCACUUUGACUACCCGUUAGCUCUUAAAGAAAAACAUGGUGGCUUCUUAAAUCGUUCCAUUGUAAAAUAUUACAAGGAUUAUAGUAAGCUCUUAUUCAAAACAUAUGGAGAUCGAGUAAAACAUUGGACUACAAUCAAUGAGGCAGAAUUCACUGCUAUAGUUCAAUACAUGUUCAAUAUUGAUAAUUUAUCUACUGAUCAAGCGUGCACAAGUACUAAAAUAUGUACACAAGUAUAUACUCUACUUCAUAACUUUCUUCUUGCCCAUGCUACAACAUCAAAGUUAUACACAACAAAAUUUCAAGCAAUACAAGGGGGAGAAAUUGGACUUGCUCUUUCAUCAGGAAGGUAUGUUCCCUACAGUUCUAACCCAGAAGAUGUGGUUGCUGCUCAAAGACUAAUGGAUUUCUAUUGGGGAUGGGUUUUAGAUCCCGUGUUCCAUGGAGAUUAUCCAAAAAUAAUGAAAGAGUUGGUGGGGAAUAGGCUACCAGAAUUUACUAAAAAGGAGAAACGUAUGUUAAAAGGAAGCACAAAUUUUAUAGGGAUAAAUUAUUAUACUUCUCACUUUGCUAGACACGAACCAAAUAUAACCAAGAUUAUGGCGGACAAUUAUGAUGCUUUAGCAGUUUCAGAAGCUUCUGAUGCAGAAGGAAAAAUCCUUGGUUUCAAGGAUCAAUAUGGUUGGAACAAUGUUUAUCCCGAAGGAUUAUAUAAUUUCUUAAUCUAUAUUAAGGAAAAGUACAAAAAUCCUAAAGUCUACAUCACUGAAAAUGGUAUUGCUUCUUCAAAAAUCUCAAAUCCAUUAAAGGACGAACACCGAAUUGCUUAUGUUGCCGCACAUUUAAAUGCUACUAAGACGGCAAUAAAUGAUGGCGUAAACGUUCAAGGUUACUUUUUAUGGGCAGCAUUUGAUACAUUUGAAUUUCAAGCGGGUUAUUCUGGAAAUUGGGGUCUUUAUCAUAUUGACUUUAAUGAUAGUCUCAAGCGUAUACCGACUAAUACAGCAAAAUGGUACAAAGAAUAUCUUACACGUGAUUUGAGACACUAA